AUGCGACCUGGUCUAUCUACUAUCCAGAUCGUGGGCGCAAGCCUAGUCGCAACCCACUUGGCGAGUGCAUUAUCGCCGCGCACGAAAAUCGACGAUUCCUAUGACUUUGUGAUUGUGGGAGGAGGCCAAGCUGGUCUUGUGUUGGGCGCCCGUCUUUCGGAGGAUAAAAACCAUACUGUACUAGUUCUUGAGUCGGGCGGGGAUGGAGAUGAAUUUCGGAAGCGCAUUAACACACCGGCAUAUUCUUACUUUGAUUCCUUAUGGACAACGCCUUUGAAUUGGGACUUUUACACUGUUGCGCAGCCCAAUGCAGACGACCGCGAGAUUAAUUGGCCGCGAGGAAAGGUACUUGGAGGCAGUUCCGCCAUCAAUGGGUUGUAUAUGACCCGUCCCGGCGAAGAUGAGAUCAAUGCCUGGAAAGACAUGGUCAAAGACAUGGAUGGUGCCGAUAACUGGUCGUGGGACUCAUUCUACGCUGCUAUGAAGAAAAGCGAGACUUUCACACCUCCCACUGACGAUGUGGUUGACGAAGCUGGAAUCGUUUGGAAUGCGAAAAAUCAUGGCACUGACGGGCCGAUCCAUACAACAUACCCGGACUACACAUUCCCCGAAGUUGGCGACUGGUUAAAGUCACUACAGAGCAUUGGAAUUGAUAUCUCCGACAAGAUGUACGGCGGUGAAACAUGGGGCGCUGACGUCUCGACCUCCUGCAUAAACCCUUCAAAUUGGACACGGUCCUACAGUCGUUCCGGUUAUCUCGAUCCGCUUCCAGAGCGCGACAACUACGAUGUGUUGGCGAAUGCGCAUGUGACCCGGCUUAUUUUCGAAGAUUCCAAGUCAUCAGAUAAGAAAACAGCAAGUGCUGUUGAAUACACGACCGACAAGGGAUCAACGAAGUUGAAGGUGAAAGUCAACAAGGAAGUCAUUCUUGCGAGUGGCUCUAUCGGUAGCCCGGCUGUAUUACUCUACAGCGGUGUCGGUCCUAAGGAUGUCCUCUCCGCGGCUGGUGUUGACCUUGUAUCUGAACUUCCUGGUGUCGGCCAACACCUUCAAGACCAUUUUAGCGCCACGGUGAAAUGGAGCACAAAUGUGGACACGGCAGGUUCCAUCUUUUACGACGGUGGCAAAGAUAAGAACAAUCCCAAAUUCCUCACAUACAUCGAUUCCGCCGUUGCCUACGUCAAUUCUACCGCUAUCUAUGGCGCCAAAGUUGACGAAUUCGAGUCAAAAUUCCUCGCUUCGAUCGACCGAUAUGCACCAAACACGACUUACGACGACGGUGUGAUCUCCGGCUACAAAGCCAUCUGUAACACGACAGCAUCGAAAAUCUUCAGUGGCCCGACAGGCCAAAUCGAGCUCCUGUUCAUGAACAGUGAUGGAAAUGGCGAUAUCGGCAUCACAGCUGCCCUCCAGCAUCCAUUCAGUCAUGGCCGUAUCUACAUCAACUCCUCAGACCCAAUGGACUACCCUGUCAUCGACCCAAACUAUCUGAACAAUCCAGCCGAUUAUGAGAUCCUCCUGGAAGGUAUAAAAAUGGCCCGCAAAGUAGGCGAAACUAGCCCGAUGAGCAAAAGCCUCACAAACGAAACAUCCCCGGGUACAACUGUCCAGAGCGACGAAGACUGGAUAGAAUGGCUACGCAAGAACGCCGGCACGGAGUUCCACCCUUCCUCGUCGUGCGCAAUGCUGCCAGAGAAGCAGGGCGGCGUGGUCGAUGCCAAACUGCGCGUAUACGGACUUGCAAAUGUGCGUGUUGCGGAUGCUAGUGUCAUCCCCAUCUCAUUGUCUACGCACCUGAUGUCCUCGACAUACGGUGUAGCCGAACUAGCGAGCGACAUCAUUCGCGAAUACCACAACGCGGCAUCCGAGCCCAAGCCGGCUUUCAGUUCUUCUAGCUCGUCCGGUUCCACACCAGUCAGCAGCCCUAUUGCCGUGAAGAAGAGUGGUACUCCGGAGAGCAAUGGGAGUGCUGCUGGUUAUGGCGGUGCUGCUUUGUCGCUCGUGUGGAGUUCUCUUCUUCUUCCUUUUGUACAUGUUAUUGGUUACGGUGUGUUUGCAUAA